AUGGUUGUAGUAAUCACCACCAACUUACUUGGCAACAUGGUUGUAGUAAUCACCACCGACUUACCUAGCACCAUGGUUGUAGUAAUCACCACCAACUUACCUGGCACCAUGGUUGUAGUAAUCACCACCGACUUACUUGGCAACAUGGUUGUAGUAAUCACCACCAACUUACCAAGCACCAUGGUUGUAGUAAUCACCACCAACUUACCUGGCAACAUGGUUGUAGUAAUCACAACCAACUUACUUGGCAACAUGGUUGUAGUAAUCACCACCAACUUACCUGGCAUCAUGGUUGUAGUAAUCACCACCAACUUACCUGGCACCAUGGUUGUAGUAAUCACCACCAACUUACCUGGCACCAUGGUUGUAGUAAUCACCACCAACUUACUUGGCAACAUGGUUGUAGUAAUCACCACCAACUUACUUGGCAACAUGGUUGUAGUAAUCACCACCAACUUACUUGGCAACAUGGUUGUAGUAAUCACCACCAACUUACCUGGCAUCAUGGUUGUAGUAAUCACCACCAACUUACCUGGCACCAUGGUUGUAGUAAUCACCACCAACUUACUUGGCAACAUGGUUGUAGUAAUCACCACCAACUUACUUGGCAACAUGGUUGUAGUAAUCACCACCAACUUACUUGGCAACAUGGUUGUAGUAAUCACCACCGACUUACCUGGCACCAUGGUUGUAGUAAUCACCACCGACUUACCUGGCACCAUGGUUGAAGUAAUCACCACCGACUUACCUGGCACCAUGGUUGUAGUAAUCACCACCGACUUACCUAGCACCAUGGUUGUAGUAAUCACCACCGACUUACUUGGCACCAUGGUUGUAGUAAUCACCACCAACUUACUUGGCAACAUGAUUGUAGUAAUCACCACCAACUUACCUGGCACCAUAGUUGUAGUAAUCACCACCAACUUACCUGACACCAUGGUUGUAGUAAUCACCACCAACUUACCUGGCACCGUGGUUUGUCGAGAAGAGCAUUGCAUGUUUCUGCUGUGUCAUUAUAGCUAUCCCGGCAUGCACCUGAACCAGUGUCACUGCAAGUGUAACAAUCCAGUGCUUGCGUGA